UAUCGACCCUUGGACCUCCUAUCAUAAGCCCGCAGUUACCUCAUUUUCAUUCCUUCAAGCCGCUGUGCUAACCCCCAAAACCCCCAAUCAGGAACCGUAUGGGCCGAAAUUGCCUGCCAAGUACCUCUAGAGUUUGCGACUUUGCGUGCCACCAAUGCAUACCUUGUAUGCCCCGAGGUAGAGAGCACUGGUAAUUUGGUAAACCACCAUGCAUCUGGGCAUAUCAUGAAUCUAGCGUGCAAUCAGUGCAAAGCAGGUGUACGGGGCCUUUUGCUCAAACAUUAGAGGGAACACCUGCCCACCAACUGCAAGCCAUGGGAUUUGUGUUCUCUCGGCCAGUUGCGGCCGCUCCGUCAGUGGCAGCUGCUCCGACUCUCACCAUCCGCAACCUGACCAUUACCCCUUUAGAGCUCAAGUUGGUCGAGCGUCUCGGCCACGAGCACCGUUUGUCCAAGAUCACAUCCCGUAUCACCGGGGAGCGGCAGUCACAUGAGGCAAGCGGGCCAGGAGAGCAAGAGGAACUGCAGCCGUCAUCAGCGAAGCAGACCAUCACGGACGCCGUGAUAUCUCCCUUUUCGGAAUACCACGCCCCCUUUUACCCGCUGGAUCCAACCCGCCAUCAUGAGCAGAUUCGCCUGACCUUCGAAGACAGCAGCACCAAACACCGCUACACCGCCGACAUCCCGAGCUCGUCACCGCGGAGCAUAGUCCUCAACCCCAUCCGUGCCCCUUCCACAGAUCUAAACGACGCAAACGAUGCAGAAGCAGAAACCAAGGAAUUCGCCGCCAUCUAUCUCUCCUCUCACUCGCACCUCGCCCUCUUCAGCUCUGCCAACUUGUCCUCCUGGAUGUCGACCCUCCCAGACCACCUCGCGCUCUCGUCCCUCUCCAUCCCAGGCACCCACAACUCGCCCACCCACCACGUCGCUCUCCCGUCAGUCCGCUGCCAGGCCGUGCCCGUCCUCGAGCAGCUGCACAAUGGCGUGCGCUUCCUCGACGUCCGCGUCUCCUGCCCCGUCUACAAGCCCUCCUCCUCCUCCCCUUCCAGUACCAGUAGUAGUCCCCCCCCCGAACUGGCGCUGGUCCACUCGGCCUUCCCCGUGUCCCUUACAGGCCCCAAACACCUUAGCACACUCCUCGAGACGGUCUACACUUUUCUAACAACCCACCCAUCGGAAACAAUCCUGCUCUCCCUCAAGCGGGAGGGCACGGGCCGGGGAUCCGACGCCGACCUGGCCCGGAUCCUGACGCAGCACUACAUCACACCAUCUACCUGGUACACUGCCGCGAAAAUCCCCACGCUGGCCGAGUGCCGCGGGCGCAUCGUCCUGGUCCGGCGCUUCCACCUCCCCAACUCGAAGGACAAGGACAAGGACUCCGAGUUGGGCAUCGACGCGUCCGUCUGGCCGGAUAACGUGGCCGACGGCAUGUGCGGGAGCGGCAUGGUGCGCAUCCAGGACUACUACGGCGUCAUCAACGGCGACGGGAUGCGGCGCAAGGUGCAGUACGUGCAGGAGGGGCUGCAACGGGCGGCACAGGUGGUGCAUCAUCAUCAUCAUCAUCAUCAUCCUCCCUUGCAGGAUCCGUCCGGGGUGAUGGUCACUAGUAGUAGUACGGGUGUAGGGGAAGGGGGUGAUGGCAAGGUUGGAGGUGAAAGGGGGGUUGAAAAGGGUCCGGCGCCGCUCUACAUCAAUUUUCUGAGCGCAAGCAGCUUUUUCAAUGCCAGCUGCUGGCCGGACCGGAUCGCCGUCAAGAUCAACCCUUCUAUUGUCGAGUACUUGUGCAUGGAGCAUGGGGCACCCGGCAAGGGACCUGGGCAGCUGACGGUUGGGGACGCAGCAACCGGCAUCGUGGUGACGGAUUGGGUAGGUAAUAAUGGAGAUUGGGGUCUGAUCCGGUGCAUUGUGGGUUGGAACGCAAGGUUACUGCUACGGCAAUAGGUGCAGCUGCUCAGUCCCAUAUAUCACUGGAAAUAGAGUCGGGUGAAGUGUAGCAUUCAUGUAUUCGAGUAUCUAUAGAACUUAGACUAGACUAGACCGUCAUCGUAUACCAACUGGCAGCAACCA